AUGACUGUCACCGAGGUCGGCUGCAUGGGCGUUAAGCCUUCACUUGAUGUCACAAACGACAGUACAGCAGAGGGCCAGAUCCUGACCAAGCUAUACAAAUAUGUUAUUACUGCACCAGGAGGAUCACUUCGGGUGUAUUGGGGCCUCGAGGCUGAGAACCCGACCUAUCUUUGGGCAUUUUUUGACUGGAAUUCAAUCGAGGAUCAUGAGAAGUUCGCAAGAACACUAGGUCGGGAAGCCGUAAAGGAUAUGCCGAAAAUCCUCAACCGUGGCUUCUUUACGAAGCACAUUACGGCCACUCCAUCUUUAUCAAUAACUCUGCAAUCUCCAGUGACAGAGAUAAUCCUGGCUUAUUUCCCUUCAGAUAUUUCAUCAACCCAGAGAGAUUCGGCUCUGGGACGUCUCCAAAAUUUCGAGCAGCAAGGCCUUAAUAGCAUCUUGGGCAUCCAAUCAUUGAGCUACGGAUGGGGUGUGGAGAACGACUUUCCCGUGAGAGGGGGAUCGGAUGAUCAGAAUGCAUCUAUUCUUACGUCUUUUGUUGGGCUUGAUAGUAUUGAUGCAAAGGGAAAAUUUAGGGAGUCUUUGGCAUUUGAGAAGCUGCUGUGUUUGGUGCGGAGCAUGGAGGGGAAUAUCAAACUGGAGUCUUUCUCUGUCAGUUUCCGAUCCUUGACCAGGAACACCGAGACGGGGACUUUUGAGGAUAUCUAA